GAAUCCUCGAUCGUGAUAUGACGGGCUGUCAUUGAGGCACGCGCGUAAACGGGCGGCGAUGGGCACGCAAAAGCCGGGCGAAUGGGCCAACUCGCUAAUCGCGCGCUUCGAGGAUCAGUAGGACGAGUGGCAGUCAGAAAACUGCGGUUGGUUUAGCGCUUCUGAUGUCAAUGGAGAACCUUAUAACUACCAUGCCGUGGCGGUUCUCAAACUACGCAUCCUCGGAUCAACGAUGAGAAAAACAAGAAGUGCUUGAUACAGAUAUCGAGGUAUCGAUUCUCACUGGUGAUAUCCGGCCUUACGAAGAUGCUGCAACGAGUGAACGAGAUCCUAGGACCUAAUACUACUGGACAGCCCCGCACUUUGAAUGCAACUGAACAGGAUCGUCAGUGUUAUGAGUCCUUUGUUAUAGUUUUGGAUACCCUGGAACGGUGUCUCAGCAAUCAACCCAAAGACACCACGAAGUUUGAUGAGGCUAUGAAUGUUAAGCUGCUUCUUAGGGAAAUAUGCCAAUUUAUCGAUUACUCCAGCGAGAGCCCUCAAAGUGCCCACGUGAAGAAUCUUGGCAGUAAGGUCUUGUUUGCCCUCAGUCUCAACUUCUUCAAUGCUGUCUUCAAUAAGAUCUCUGCUAGACUUCAAGAGCUCUCUGUGUGCAAUGAUGAAAAUCCUGACUGCAUUGAUAUCGAACUCAUUCAGCAUAUCAAUGUCGAUGUUCACAGACUCACCAAACUCUUGAUUGUUGCCACAGAGUCCAUCCAAAAGUUCAAGCAUUUGAAAAAGCCUGCUCAUGUGCUUUUAAUGAACUCCUUGGAGAAGGCUAUUUGGAAUUGGAUGGAUACUUAUCCCCAUGAAUUCGCCGAUCUACAAACUACCGUGAACGAAGAGUUGGCUAAGGUCUGCGGAGAGCUCUUCGACAUCUUGGAUACAUUCACAGACAAUAAUAAUAAAAAGGGCAGGGCCACACUGGUCUGGCCAAUACAGAUCAUGCUGCUGGUUCUCUCUCCUAAAGUUCUAGAAGAGAUUGUGAACGCUGACUCGGGUGCACCGUGCUCGCCUAAGCACUCUAAGAAGAAGAUGUUUAUCGACAGUGUAAAACGUGGCCUAGGACACAGUGGAUCCAAUAAGCAGCUUGCUGAAGCUGCUGCUAUAAGCUGUGUCAAGUUUUGCAAAGCUUCUACCUACAUAAACAACCUUGAUUCAAACAACGUGGCGUUCACUCUGGUCCAGCACGUGAUAAACGACCUCACAGCCCUUUUAUUUAAUCCUUGCAAACCAUUCUCCCGAGGUCAGAACUACAUAGUUCAAGAUAUCGACCUAAUGAUCGAUUGUUUUGUCAGUUGCUUUCGUAUCAAACCACAUAACAACGAAGUACUUAAGGUCUGUUUGAACUUAAACUUUCCGGCAACCUAUCAGUUCGUCUUGGUCAGUUCAUUGUACAAAAUCAUCACUCAGCCGAGAUUACCAUGGUGGCCACAGAUAGAUCUCGUUUACUCGCGCAGUGCUGAGCUCAGGAACAUGUUUACCGACACGUUAAAUAAGGUCACCCAGACUUACAUAUCACACACGACCUUGCGUAUGAUUCAGAGUCUUACGCUCAAGGGUAAAGAGCAGAGUAAAUAUAGAGACCGUGGCGAAGAAAUUUCUAGCUAUAGAAAUCUUCUACUCUGGAUGGUCCGGUUGAUUCACGCUGACCCAAUGCUCAUGCUGAAUAAUCAAAGCAAUGCUGGACAUGAGAUCCAAAGUUCCACCCUGGAGCUAAUUAACGGUCUAGUAUCUCUAGUUCAUCAACCAACCAUGCCAGAUAUCGCACACGAGGCUAUGGAGGCUCUUCUUGUUCUUCAUCAUCCUGACAAAAUUAAAGUGUGGAAUCCAGAAGCUCCUAUCAAUACCUUCUGGGAUGUAAGCUCCCAGGUACUAUUCUCCAUAUCGCAGAAACUCAUUCAACAUCAGAUUGUCAACUACACAGACAUCCUUAAGUGGCUCCGGGAGAUACUCAUCUGCAGGAACGCCUUCCUCUCGCAAAAUAAAGAUUAUGCCAAUGUUGGUAGCGAAAUUGCUAUUUGCAAGCAGGCGCAUAUCAAGCUUGAGGUUGUUUUCUUCAUGUACUUAUGGAGUAUAGAUAUGGAGGCCGUUCUCGUAGCGAUGUCGUGUUUCGCAUUGUUAUGCGAAGAAGCAGAGAUCCGAUGUGGAAGCGAUGAAGUCGGUGUUACUUGUUUACUUCCCAACUAUCAUUUGUACGUGGAACUGGCCCAGGCCUCUACCGUCCUUACCACUGCCAGCGGAGAGAGUAGGAUAUAUUAUCAUGAACAUAAUCACGGACGAGCAGCUCUGCAGAAGAGAAUUAUGGGUCUACUUAGAAAAAUUGAGCAUUGCGUAAACGGGGUUCAACCGGCUUGGGAAGAGACGUUUAGAAAUUGGGACACGACAUCGCGACAGCUGUCUAAUUAUCCAAAGACAAAAACCGAAGAUGGUCAAAUAGAAUCGUUUCAUCGUAGCACCGGAAAGCGAAGAGCAUCCCAUCAGAAUUCUGAACACGAACUGGAAGAGCAGAUAAAUGAAUGGGCCAAUAUGACUGGUUUCCUGUGUGCACUAGGAGGCGUUUGUCUUCAUAGAAGAUCACCCAGUAGACCGGUCUCAGGAAUGCUAUCUAAUCCUGAAAUGAAGAAAGGCUCUGCAAAGCAAGACUCCCCAGCUUGCUUAGCUAAUCCAAGUCAGGAAGUUCAGUACUGUCCGGUGACUCAGUUUGUUUUUAAUUUAUUACGUCUUCUUAUUUGCAACAAUGAAAAAUUUGGUGCUCAAAUUCAAAAGCACGUGAAGGAGCUUGUUGGCCAUGAGAUGAGCCCCGCUCUUUAUCCUAUAUUAUUCGAUCAGAUCAAGAGCAUCGUCGAGAAAUUCUUUGAUCAGCAAGGUCAGGUUAUUGUCCUGGAUCUUAAUACGCAGUUUAUUGAACAUACAAUUUUCAUUAUGAAAAAUGUCCUCGAUUCAAAAACUGAUCAACCCUCUGAGUAUUUGGGUAUGACAAGUAUCGAAGGGAUGAUGUUGGCUAUUGUGAGAUAUGUAAGACAUCUGGAUAUGACUGUACAUGCUAUACAUAUUAAGACAAAGUUAUGUCAGCUGGUGGAAGCGAUGAUGAAGAGAAGGGAUGACCUGGCUUUUAGACAAGAAAUGAAAUUUAGGAAUAAGCUGGUUGAGUAUCUGACAGACUGGGUUAUGGGAACUACGCAUCAGAUUGCUCCACCUAGUGGUGGCGACGUGACCAUCAUCACCAGUUUGUAUUCCAGAGAUCUUGAUCAGGCCUGUAUGGAAGCCGUAGGAGCUCUUCUACGAGGAUUACCUCUACAACCUGAAGAAUCGGAUCGUGGUGAUCUUAUGGAAGCCAAGUCUCAAUUGUUCCUAAAGUAUUUUACAUUGUUUAUGAAUCUUCUGAAUGACUGUAAUGAUGCUGCCGAAGAGAAAGAAGUGGUCUCUAGACAGAGGGUCACCACUGGAAAACUUUCGACUCUGCGUAAUGCCACAAUUCAGGCUAUGAGUAAUCUUCUGAGUGCAAAUAUAGACAGCGGCUUGAUGCAUUCGAUUGAUCUUGGAUACAACCGUGAUCUUCAGACAAGAGCUGCCUUUAUGGAAGUCCUAACCAAAAUUCUUCAGCAAGGAACUGAAUUCGAUACUCUAGCUGAAACUGUACUAGCUGAUCGAUUCGAACAGUUGGUCCAGCUGGUGACAAUGAUAAGCGACAAGGGUGAAUUACCCAUUGCAAUGGCCUUGGCUAAUGUGGUUACUACAAAUCAAAUGGACGAACUGGCCCGAGUUUUUGUGACAUUAUUCGACGCGAAGCAUCUUCUCUCCCCACUUCUCUGGAACAUGUUCUACCGAGAAGUUGAAGUCUCGGAUUGCAUGCAGACACUCUUCAGAGGCAACAGUCUUGGUAGCAAGAUCAUGGCCUUUUGUUUUAAGAUAUACGGUGCCAGCUAUCUCCAGAGUCUCCUGGAUCCCCUUAUCAAACCCCUUCUCGAUGAUCCAGUUACUAGUUUCGAGGUGGACAGUGCCAGGAUUGAUGCCAACGAGGAUAUAGAACAAAAUGGACGUAAUCUUAUUGCUCUAACUCAAAAAGUCUUUGACUCUAUCGUCUCAUCCGCUGAUAGGUUCCCUCCGCAAUUGCGAUCUAUGUGCCAUUGUCUUUAUCAAGUUCUGAGUAAGAGAUUCCCACAGUGUCCACAAAACAAUAUCGGGGCUGUGGGAACCGUAAUAUUUCUUAGAUUCAUCAAUCCAGCUAUUGUCUCGCCGCAAGAGAUGGGUAUAGUCAGUAAGCAGGUACCACUCCAGGUGAAAAGGGGUCUCAUGCUCAUGUCUAAGAUCCUGCAGAAUAUAGCAAAUCAUGUAGAGUUCAGCAAGGAACAGCAUAUGCUGCCGUUUAAUGAUUUCCUAAGAGCCCACUUUGAGGUCGGCAGAAGAUUCUUCAUCCAAAUCGCAUCUGACUGUGAGACAGUGGAUCAGGCCAAUCAUCCUCUGUCCUUUGUGUCGGAUGCCAAUGUCCUGGCACUUCACAGAUUACUUUGGAAUCAUCAGGAAAGAAUUGGGGACUAUUUGAGUAGUAGUCGGGAUCAUAAGGCUGUUGGAAGAAGGCCUUUUGACAAAAUGGCUACUCUAUUGGCUUAUCUUGGUCCUCCCGAACACAAACCAGUCGAUUCUCAUUUACUCUUCUCAUCUUCAUAUGCUCGAUGGUCCAGCAUAGACAUGUCCUCGACAAACUUUGAAGAGAUUAUGGUGAAGCACAAUAUGCACGAGAAGGAGGAAUUUAAGAGUAUCAAGAGCCUAAAUAUUUUCUAUCAGGCAGGAACCAGUAAGCAAGGAUUUCCUGUUUUUUAUUAUAUUGCCAGACGAUACAAAAUUGGAGAAACAAAUGGCGACCUACUGAUAUAUCACGUAAUUCUCACUCUAAAACCUUUCUGUCAUUCACCUUUUGAACUGGUAGUUGACUUUACUCAUACCUGUUCAGACAAUCGCUUCAGAACAGAGUUCUUGCAGAAGUGGUUUUACGUUCUACCGGAAGUAGCUUACGAUAAUAUUCAUGCUGCUUACAUCUACAACUGUAAUAGUUGGGUGCGCGAGUACACGAAGUUCCAUGACAGAAUUUUAGCACCAUUGAAAGGAAACAGAAAGGUUAUCUUCAUAGAAGGUCCAGGUAGACUUAACGAUUUGAUCGACGUGGAGCAACAGAAGCUUCCUGGCGCUACGCUGUCUCUUGACGAGGAUCUUAAGGUCUUUACAAGCGCCCUUAAACUCUCUCACAAGGAUACCAAAGUGUCAGUUAAAGUGGGACCUACCGCGAUUCAAAUAACUUCAGCAGAGAAGUGCAAAGUGCUCUCGCAUUCGGUGCUCCUUAAUGACGUGUACUACGCGUCUGAAAUCGAAGAAGUGUGCUUGGUGGACGAUAAUCAAUUUACGCUUACUAUUUCUAACGAAGCUGGACCCUUGUCUUUCAUACACAACGACUGCGAUAGCAUCGUACAAGCUAUCAUACACAUUAGAAACCGUUGGGAGCUCUCGCAACCGGACUCGAUGUCGGUCCAUCCAAAGAUAAGGCCUAAAGAUGUACCUGGAACAUUAUUAAAUAUGGCUCUACUGAAUCUAGGUAGUUCAGAUCCAAAUCUGCGGACAGCGGCCUAUAAUCAACUGUGCGCAUUAACCGCAACCUUUGAUCUCAAGAUAGAGGAUCAACUCUUGGAGACUUCCGGUCUUUGCAUCCCCUCGAAUAACACCAUAUUCAUAAAGCACCUAAGUGAGACUUUGGCUGCUAACGAUCCCCAUUUGACACUAGAGUUUCUCGAAGAGUGUAUCCAGGGCUUUAGAUUAUCCACUAUUGAACUGAAGCACUUGUGUCUCGAGUAUAUGACACCUUGGCUGAAUAACCUAGUCCGUUUCUAUAAACCGAAUGACGAGGGUGGUAAGAGGCAAAAGCAAGUGUCUCAGAUUCUAGAGAAACUGAUUACAUUGACUAUCGAAGAGGUAGAGAUGUAUCCUAGUAUUCAAGCAAAAAUCUGGAGUACUAUAGGAAGACUUCCGGAUCUUAUUGAUACAGUCUUGGACAAUUUUAUACACAGAAGUGUAAGGUACGGCCUAGGUUCUCCUAUGGUGGAAAUAAUGGCGGAUACAGCAGUUGCUCUGGCCUCAGGAAACGUGCAGCUAGUUGCGAAAAAAGUUAUUGGAAGACUCUGUCGUGUGGUGGAUAAGACUUGCACGUCACCAACGCCACUACUCGAGCAGCAUAUGAUGUGGGACGACAUCGCAAUCCUAGCUAGGUACUUGCUGAUGCUGUCUUUCAAUAAUUGUCUUGACGUGGGGAAACACUUGCCCUAUCUCUUCCACAUGGUCACGUUCCUGGUCUGUUCCGGAAGUCUCAGUAUGAGAGCAUCGACUCACGGUUUAGUCAUCAAUAUUAUUCACUCUCUGUGUACCUGCAGCUCACCCUCCUUCUCAGAAGAUAGCAAAAGAGUUCUCAGGAUGAGCCUGGACGAGUUCUCUCUGCCUAAAUUUUAUUUGCUCUUUGGUAUCAGUAAAGUUAAGUCUGCUGCUGUCACAGCAUUCAGGUCCAGCUAUAGACACUCCAAUGAGAAAUGGUUUGGCAACGAGAGAAGCAUCUCUGGAAGUCAGGAUAGAGAGAGGCUGGCUUUGACGAGUUUGGAAGUAAUCACUGACGCGCUGUUGGAAAUUAUGGAAGCUUGUAUGAGGGAUAUACCAAAGUGCGAUUGGCUCAGGACGUGGACAUCCUUAGCUAAGAGUUUUGCCUUCUGUUUCAAUCCGGCACUACAACCUAGAGCUCUUAUUGUCUUUGGAUGCAUCAGUAAAAGCAUUACGGAUCAGGAUGUUAAACAGCUUUUAAGGAUAUUGGUGAAAGCUUUGGAGAGCUUCAAUGACAUUACACUCCUCGAAGCCAUAGUCAUGUGUCUCACGAGACUACAGCCACUUCUCAGACCGGAAUCUCCAAUACACCGGUAUCUCUUCUGGGUAGCAACUUCUGUUCUGCAAUUGGAUGAGGCUUCACUGUAUGCUUCCGGUCUAGCACUAUUAGAGCAGAAUUUGCAUACUUUAGACUCACAAGGCACUUUCGACGAUAAGACUUUGGAACAAGUCAUGAUGUCCACACGAGAGCCUCUGGAAUGGCACUUUAAACAACUGGAUCACGCUGUGGGAUUAUCAUUCAAAUCGAAUUUCCAUUUUGCUUUAGUUGGUCAUCUUUUAAAGGGAUAUCGCCAUCCUACACCAACAACUGUCACCAGGACAGCCAGAGUCCUUACAAUGCUUUUAGCCAUUGUUGCUAAGCCAUUGAGACGGGACAAGUUUGAGGUGACACCAGAAAGUGUUGCUUAUCUCGCUGCAUUAGUCUCAGUGUCUGAGGAAGUGAGAAGUAGGUGUCACAUAAGACACUCGUUAAGCAGAAACGUCACAGAAUCUGGAAGCACUGACUUCCUGGAUACUUUAGUAUCGCACAAUGCAGACAUUUCAGGCAACAUGACUAAUCCAGCAAACAGAAGACAAAAGUCUUGGGAUCUUCUGGACCAGUCAGCGAUCACCCAAGCCAGGCAGCAGAAGCAGCAUACACCGCACCAGACCGGCCGGAUUUUAUUUAAAACACAGCGAUCCUUCUCCGUGCCGACUACGAAAGAAGCCAAGCCGAAUGACGAUACAGAACCAAAGAAUCGUAGUGCCAGAGUGAGUGUCAGUAACGAGAACAAUGUCCUACUGGAUCCUGAAGUGCUGACAGACUUCUCUACGCAAACUCUUGUACUAACAGUCCUGGCCACGCUCGUCAAGUACUCUACUGAUGAAAAUGAAACACGAAUCCUUUAUCAGUAUCUGGCUGAAGCAUCUGUAGUAUUUCCAAAAGUUUUUCCUGUGAUUCACAAUUUACUUGAUGCAAAAAUAAAUAGUGUACUGUCUACCUGUCACGAUCAAGCUAUUCUCAGUGCUGUACAGGCUAUCAUUCAGAACAUGAUUGCUUGCGAGGAUACUAGUCAGCAACAACUACACUAUUUACAAAGUUGUGGGUUUGGUGGCCUAUGGAGAUUUGCAGGACCUUAUACAAAGUGUAAUCGCACUGCAGAGAGUGCAGAACUGUUUGUCAACUGUCUAGAGGCUAUGGUAGAGACAUGUUUACCAGUAGAAGAAUGUGAGAUUACAAAUAUUAACGAAAUACAAACGGAGGCUCUUAAACGAGUUGAGAGCAAUCAGAAAAACUGUGAUUUGAACACAAAUUCAUCGACACAAGGUGUUGAUGGUACUGAGGCCCUCUCCGAGGAAGGUGACAAUGUUGAUGAAACUACGUCUCACAAUCCUAGAGAUGUGGAUGACAAGAGGAAAAGUGCAUCUGGAGCGACAAACAAUCCUGUGGAAAUAGAAAAGAGCAGUAAUGGUGUAGUACCACUCUAGCAACUGACUAAAGAAUCUGGUAAUCAGCAAGAUAACUAGAUACGAAAGAGGAUAGUCAAAAGAUUCAACAAGAAACAAGAUGAGUUAACUUAUUGUUAAAACAUUUAACAUUUCAAGAGUGAUCAGUAUUCAUUGGACAGUCCAGUAAUCAAGUAUAAUAUUUAAAUCAAAGCAACCUGAAUAUUUUGGCUCUGUUUUACUGCUGCUACAAUGUUCAGCCAUAUUAAUUCAGUACCGUCCAUCUCACACUAAAGAGCCUACUCGAAAGAAAUCACUCAUCAGCUUUUUUUUUUUUAAUAGUCUAUAUAAGUCAGCACUUUUGCAUUAUUCCAAAACCUUAUCAGCAGCGUGACGAAUAAGCAACAUGACAGCACACGGCUUAACUUGGAAAAUGACAGAUCUGCUAUCAUAAAUAAAUAUUAUUCCAUUAUCGUUUUCUUUCUCAAACGUCAUUUUUCAAGACUUCUAUCGUCACUUCAUUAUAACUAUUAUUUUUUGCUCGCCAAACCUCGAAAGUCCAAUACUUGUCGCAUACUGACGUAUAUGAAAUUGACAUUAUUGACACAAUUAAUCGUUUUUCGGCCUAACAAAAGUCCACUCACAAUUGUUCGACGGUUCUCGAUUAUUUAAUAUCGUGAAACGGUGGGAUUGGAAAUAUGCAAAACUGCUCUUGACCAACGUUGCCUCAGAGUUCGGCAUUCUCGCAAUACGAGUAAAAUAUGUAAACGAGUCUGAUUCCGAAUACCUCGGGCCCCUUUAAGUGUUAACACCAAUGAUCGAUUAUCUACGAUUUACAAAAGUACAAAACGAGACCACAUGUAUCUAAUCCUGCAGCAUACAGAUAACAUAUUUUAGUAAUAACGAGAAAAAAAAUCCAUUAAACGACGCGACGUGUGUACAAGCGAAGCUCAAUUUCAAUGGCGAAAAGCGACGCGCUGUCUUCCUUCGCGAUACGAGCGACGGAAGAAUGAAAAAAAAAAGAAAAAAAAAUCGUUACGCAGAUAAAGAAAAGAAAAACUAUUAAGGAAACAAAAGAAAAAGAAGAAUCGAAUUCUCGCUAAGUAUAUUGUAAUUGUUGUCCCUUAAAUGUUUAAACUACUGUAUAACCGUGUAUUUCCCUGCAAUAGGCUUUUCGCGAACGGUAUUAAACGAAAAAUCCAAUACGCCACGUAAUUUGCAGAUCUUCGAAAAUACCCAGUAAACUGAAGUCCACGCUGAUUAUUCGACACGAAGCAAGGAUCAUUAAUUCCCUCGCAAUACGUAUUCGAGUGUGGUAGCGCGUGUGCGUAGCAUUGCCCAAAAAAAAGUGUUACGUUGCGUUUCUUCAGAGUUUAUAAUGAACAGUGUCCAACAGCGAGACAAACAUUAGUAGUGUGCUUGAUGAAAGAGUAUUGAAGUAAAAGCGUGAAAACUAUGAGGGACGAUACCAAAAGUAUAAUGAGAAGACCUAUUGUAUCAGCUGUCCAAUUAUAGGAGCACACAAGGAUCGAGCGUGCAUAUGUUUAUUAAGAUAUUGUUUCGUCGAUCGUAACCGUAGCUAUAACUUACCAAAGGAAACCUAAAUCCGAUCGAAGUUAUAUUGAUGGUAGAAAGGAAUACAAGGAUGAAAAGAAAAUUCUGGAUAAAAGAGAGAUAGAAGUUCUGAUGCAACGCCUCGAAAACGUCUGCUUAUCCAAGAUGGCGCGACAAGAUUUAUUGAUGCUCGUCGCAUUUGACGAAGUUGUGUAUGUAAAUAAAAACAAGUGUAGAAUCCCAGGACGCAACGGAGAUAAGAAUGAGCACGGUCACGAAUAAACAAAUAGAUUAAUAAAUUAAUGUAAAAGGAGCCAGAAAGAUGCUCCAACAAAGAAUUGAAUUCACUUGUCGUUAGUCUAGAUUCCGAGUUGAUUAUUCCGUCUUCUAUGUGUCUCCUGUGUUUUAUUCCGAAAAACGUUCAAUUUUUUCGGCUGCGAAUUUAAAGCCCCGCACGGUUUGUAUUUUAUUAAAUAUUUGUAUUCGUGCCGUUUAGAUUACCGUGAGAAAGCGGAGAUCUUCCAUUUCUAAAUGCGUCGGCCAUCAUCGUCAUUGUUCGGACACGAUCGACGCUGUAUUUGGCGCUCGGCGGGAAACACGAAAAAUCACAGGUACAUUUGUAUCCGUUUUAUACGGAAAUUACAAAGUAAAAACGAAAACACGUAGACAUUUUUUAGUAUCGACAAAAAACUUACUUUCUUGCUGCUCCCUGUAAUUCUAUGCCAAUCAUUUUUAGUAACUUGUUCGCUUCCCGUUUUAAAUGUGAAACCGAUCGGGCGCCAACUCCACGCAUAAUCGUGGUCUAGAAAUUAAAUAAUAUACCUACUGGUAACAAUGUUUAGUGUGAAUGAGCGUUCCUGACUCCUUAGUUUGUAAUAUACGAGGACUUACGUGUAUGAUAGAAGAAACGAAAAUCGAGCGAGCCCUACGUGAUAUACGUAAGAGGGAAUCUGCUUGUCUCUAAAUGUGAUGUAUUUAUUAUGUAUGAGGUUAUUAUUAUUAAUAUUAUUAAUUAUUAUAUAAUAGAGAUUUAUUAUAAUUAUUAUUCUCAAAGUUUCUAGAGCAUAUUAGGUAUUCUUAUGUAAGUAGCGUACAGAUGCAAGUUAUUAUUGUACAUUACUUAAAUAAAGGUAAUACUUAAUAUAAUUUAAA